CCUAUACACUCUUUUCGAUCCUAGGGUUGAUCCCAAAGAACUCACCGACGGCUGGCCUGUUGAACUCGCUCUUUGAAAAGGCAAAUAGUGAAAAAGAAGGGCACGAAUAGUGGAAAAGAUCGAAAUCGAGAGACGCUGGCGACACUCGAAGGUCUCCAGCUUUCGCCCCCGAGCCCACGAUGAGGCACAGUCUACUCUUCGCCGUGGCAACUCUAACAUCAAUCGCUCAGGGCGCGGCUGUCGACAAGAGACAAAACAUCAACAUUGAUGGAAGCGGAAACGUCAACGUAGAGGGCGCCAACGCGGGCGCGGUUGAAGUGAAGACGGUGAACCUUGGAAAUGCUGGAUCUCUGAACAAGGGAGCGAAUGGAGGAGGAUCGGGACAGGGCAACCUCAUUGCCGGCAUCUUGGACGCUCUCAACGGCGGCAGCAGAAACAACCAGGGCAACCGCAACAAGCCGAACAACGCUUGUCCUCCAGCUCCUCCAGCUCCUCCAGCUCCGCCACCGGUCACUGUCACGAAGACGAUCUACCAGAAUGCUUCAGUACCUGCACCGUUGACAGUCUUCGUUACGCAGGCUCCUCCGCCUCCACAGAUCAUCACGCAGUUGGUCACGCAAACGCCGCCCGCUGCUGCUCCGCCUCCGCCUCCGGCUGCUCCCCCGGCUGCUCCUCCUGCGGCCCAACCCGCAGCUCCCGCUCCUGCAGCUCCCGCGGCCCCCGCGGCACCGCCAGCCGCUCCUGCGGCAUCGAAAGCGCCUCUGGUCAUUCCGGGACCUCCUCCGACAGAUCCAUUCGCUGGCUUGAAAUCGAACCCGCCCCCUGCGGCGGCUCCUGCGGCCACUCCGCCUCCCGCAGCAGCUCAACCUGCUCCGGCUCCCGCUGCCCCUCAACCCCCGGCUGCCCCCCUCGUGGGCAACGCGCCCGCUGUCAGCAAACCGUCCGCCUCCGUCAACCUUGGCGGCCUCAACGGCAACGGCGCUGCCAACCAGCCCGCCGCAGCAACACCCAUCGCCCCGAUCGCCGCGAACCCCGCUCAACCCCAGGUCGCCGUCAGCGGCCUUGCAUUGACAAGGUCUCUCCAGCUCGGCAACCUCUUGCAGGCGACUGCCCAGCUCCAGGCUCGUGCGACGCCCCCAGCUUAAAGGAUCGACUACUCGUCGAAUCCUCCGGUCGACAUGCAAGUGCUGCGGAAGGGGCUUAGUCGGACUGUGCGGUGGUAUUAAGGGGAAGGAGAUUGGUUUGCAUAUGCUGCGUAUGCAUAAGACGUACCUAGGCGACGU